AUGGAGGCAGAAGACGCUGCGCUCGGGCGGCAGCUGGGCCCUGCCUUUUCGACGUCGCUCAUGGCCGGAGCGGCGUCGGGUAUGUCGGUCGACCUGCUCUUUUAUCCGAUCGACACGAUCAAGACGCGUCUGCAGAGCGCGCAGGGCUUUUGGAAGGCCGGCGGCUUUGCGGGCGUGUACCGCGGCAUGGGCAGCGUCGCGGUCGGUAGCGCGCCGGGGGCCUCUAUCUUUUUCGUGACGUACGAAUCGCUGAAAUCGUACCUCUCACGCACGCUCUACCCCGGCCAGGCGCACGACGCCAAGGCCAACUCGCCGUUGGUACACAUGGCUUCGGCGUCGGUCGCAGAAGUCGCCGCGUGCCUCGUACGUGUGCCGACCGAGGUGGUCAAGUCGCGGCAGCAGACCGCCACGUACGGCCGCAGCUCGUCCUUGGCCGCCUUUCGCCAGGUAGUCGGGGGGGAGGGCAUCGCUGGCUUGUACCGCGGCUUUGGCGGCACGAUUCUGCGCGAGAUUCCGUUUACGUGCAUCCAGUUCCCUCUUUACGAGUUCAUCAAGCAGUCCAUGGCCGGUCCCAAAAAAGAGCCGAGCUGGUGGCAGGCCGCCGGCGCAGGCAGCAUCGCGGGCAGCUUUGCGGCCGCAGUCACGACGCCGCUCGAUGUGAUCAAAACGCGCAUUAUGCUAGCCAAGUCGCAUGCGGGGGGCCAGCCGGUCGAUACGCGGAUCCUCGCCACGCUCCGCUCCAUCGUCCAGCAGGGCGGCACCGGCGCACUCUUUGCUGGCGUCGUGCCCCGGACGCUGUGGAUCGGCCUCGGCGGUGCCGUGUUCCUCGGCACGUUUGACGUCGUCGCCAAGAUCAUCCAGCCUGGCGCGUUCCACGAUAGGCACUAG